AUGUCUUCCACCACCUUUAAAGUUGUGACACUAAUGAUAUCUAUUUUUGCCAUCAUGCAAAUAUCAAGAGCUGGUGACCCAGACAUUCUCACUAACUUCAUAGUCCAUCCCAACACCAUACCUGAUGGCAACUUGUUCACCUUCACCGGCUUUCGAGUCAUAUUUUCACCUAACAACAUUGUCUCAGAUUUUAAAGUGCUGAAGGCAACCAAGGAAGAAUUUUCUACCCUUGAUGGACAAAGUGUCUCAUAUGCAACCCUUGAAUUCCCAGGUGGCAGUAUAAACCCACCACAUACACACUCACUCUGCAAAGCUACUCUUCACUGUUGA